UUCUUCGCGUGUUGGGGACAUUUUAUUUCGCAGCGUGGAGCAUAGCCAUCCGCCGCGGCACAAUUGUAAAGCGAAAGAACAAACGAACGAGCGAGCAAGUGAACCCGAUCCAUAGCUAAUGACAACGACUAGUGAGUGAGCUCCCCGGUGUUUGGAUUUGUUGUCUUACCUAGAGGCAAACACAUUUACAUACCAACCUACGGUGGAGUAUAACUGAACGCUAGCGGGCUCGUGUGUGUGUGUGUGUUUGUGCAAAGUGGAAUAUUAUAAGAAGAAAAAAAUAAUAAAAGUGUAUAAUAAUAAAGUAUGUGAAUAAAAGUGGAGCAAGAAAAUUGUCCAGAGAAGUGCUUGAUCCCAAAUUUUUAUAAAAAAAUAAGCAAAAUUUCUUCCUCACUAGCAGCAAGAGUGCGUGCAAAAAAAAAUUGUGGAAAAUUUAAAGUUGAGUUCGCAAUUUAUUGAAAUUUGUUUGCAUCGGCUUUCGGCAAAGUGAAGUUAUCGGUUGUGCUUUGUUAUUGUUGCCUACUUUAGAGGUGCUGUGGACGGCGCGGCAAAGCGUUACAAUAGUGGGCGUACGUAUAAGCGGGCGUGUCAUUGCUGGUGUAGUUACAGGAUUCGGGGUGAAUAUGGCGCCGGGCGUAUGCGUAACAAGUUUCCGUAUGCUACUGCGACGUACGGAGUUAAGCAGCCAGCUGAGCCGUGGACUGCGGCUGACGCCAACCGCGCCGUACUUGUUGAAUUCGUGGAGCACACGGAGAUAUUGUAAACAGAGCAACGACACGUCAAAGGACGAGCAACAACAACGCACAGGCGAUGUCUACGUUGAAUAUAUUCAAGGACUUCCACACCUAACAGUGCCGCUGCCAAGCAGAUUGGAAAAAUGCCGAUUUGCUCUGAGGCCCGUGUCGCACAAAGUAGGCGAUCUUAUCGAAAUGCUGAAAAUUGAAGAUCACGGUAUUGAUCGAGCGGUUGUGCUGAACAAAUGUGGUGUACGAAUAGCGUCCACUUGCGCCAUCGACAGCCUUAUGGAUGAGCCAUUUUGGCUUCAAAUAAAUGAUAACAAAUACGAAGUGAUCCCUCCUAAAAGGAAAAAAAUCGACUCUGAAGACUUAAAGAGGCUUAGUGAUGUUAGAACUUUAGUAGCACAAUUGUAUGAAGCUUUACAUGUCGGCGAAUAUCAUUUGCACAAAGAACAAGAACUAGUGAAAAAAAUAGAAAAUUUAAAAUUUGAAAUAUCACCUCUAGAAAUGGAAAAGCAGGAACUUGCUAAACUAGCGCAACGUAAAACGGUCGUCGCAACGUGGGUCGGACUCAGUUUAAUGGCGGUACAAUUUGGCGUCUUGGCGCGCCUUACUUGGUGGGAAUACUCUUGGGAUAUCAUGGAACCCGUCACAUACUUUGUUACAUAUGGCACCACGAUGGCCCUAUAUGCUUAUUACUGCCUAACGAAAUCGGAAUACACUUACGAAACAGUUAGGGAUCGUCUCUUCCUGAUUACAAUGCACAAAAAGGCCAAAAGGAAGAGCUUUGACAUUGAAAAGUAUAAUCAAUUAAGACGUGAAAUCGCCGAAGCUGAAUACGACUUGCGACGCCUACGCGAUCCCAUCAACUUGCAACUGCCGCCACAUAUUGAUCGUUCGCAACGCUCAAUACCAAUUGAACCACCAACGAGCGGUGGCGAAACACGCCUCCUAACGGCCGUUACAUGUGAAAAGAAACCCGCUAGCUUCCGACUGCCCUUUUUAGAACCAAAAAAUUAGAUUUUUUAUAUACAUAAGUAAUUUAUCAGUUGAACAUAUUUACGUAUGUAGGUAUGUAUGUUAUGUAACUAUGUUAGUUCCACACGGAACACAAUGUUGAGUUUCACGUAAGCACAAACUGGCUUCAUGCAAAUACAAAUACAAAAAGCAAAUACAAAUAUUAAUGAUAGUAACAUAGUAACGUACCACGUACUCGUAUAGCUGAAUACAAACAUACAUACACAAUAACAACAACUGAAUAUAGUUUUAAGAGGCACGUGUUGUCCUGUGCGACUUCGUCGCUCGUUCGUUCGUUCGUUCGUUCCUUUUGUAGUUUCAAUU